CAAUGCCCGCCAACCACCUGUCAUCGAUAGACAUCCCUCUUCGUCUUAAUGCACCAGCCGUCUUCUGCACCCAGCACUUGGCAGUCACGCUAUUCAUUUAUUCCGACCUUGGGACGGCUGUUCGUGAGAAUCCACGACGCUUCUCGCCGCCGUUCCACCACCGAAAAGGCGCCACAUUACAAAAACCCGCCCCUAAACGGUCAAAUGCUGCCGUGACCUUCGGGAAACGUCGAGGCUGCGCUUUGCCCGCGAACUCUUUUGACCCGGCGAUCCGCGCUGAAACACCGGAGAGCAUCCGCGUGAUAUUAAUACGGGAGAAAAUACGGAAGCCGCAAAUGCAUCUUCAAGUGUUCACGCACUUUUCUCGCCGCACAACGAAUCACAAGGAGGGUCGAGUGCUCCUGAUUGUGAUGUGGUUUGCAUGUCAUCACCACGCUGGAAGAAACUGGUGCUAAUUUGGGAAGCUCGGCGCCGUUGGCGAGAGGUCCGCUUUUUUUUCUUUAGCGCAUAGCGGACGUGGAGACCGAACGGCGACGCCAACUCCGCUGCGAGUGGGGUAAGCCGCACCUGAAGAUAGCUGCCACCAGCCGGUGUCUUGGUCGUCGUCAAGCGCAUUGAAGGCCGGGAUAGGACGGAGUGUUGCUGCUGCGUGAAUUAAAUCAUCAACCUUCUCUUGUGUGAAGAAGAAAAAAGAGAAAGAACACAAAGGGAGAUCCUCACUGACUCGCCAGAAAACAACAGGCCAAGCAUUAUAUAGGAGCAAACAGGGCAUAUUUUGGAGACAUUUACUCCGUACCUUGAUGUUGCAAAUGUGCGUCCAUGGAU